UAGUUUGUAAUCGUGAAGCUUCAAAGUAUCGGACACGCAAUCGUUUCAUCGACUGUUAGAACAAUACAUUUUAUAUUUACUUAAAAGGUAGGACAUGUUGCUUUCGGCGCCGAGGUUGCUGAAAGAAGCAAAAAUGACGCCUUGGGUUACGGCAUUUAAACGAUCGCCAAAGAGUAGGAAGGUUCAUAUAGCCGAUAAACGCUCUAGGACCCUAUUGUUAAAAGCAGAGACAUAGUGAGAGAGCUAUUUAACAAUUAAGAAAUAAACAUGCCGCGAGAUGUUUAUUCAACGCUUGGCAGUAAGAAACAGUCCGUGCGCUACGAUGUAUACUCCGACGAGGUUGUGACGUGACGUUAUGUUUUAACCGCAUAUCACAACAAACACGGCUCGGGACUGGGGACGGUUAAACCUAGCUGUACACUGAAUGUACUGGGGUAAAAACGGCGAUAUAUCCAUGGACAUAUGUCGCACACUAGAAAAAAGGUAUUGAUACAUAUGUAACUCUAUUCACGACGCUUUUGUUCGAGAGGAUUAAGGAAUGUAGAAACAUAACUGUAAAAGUUUGUAUCUAGCUAGUGGGUAGCCAGGACGAGGAAAGCAUGUGGAAGGUAAACGCUAGCUUCAGUGAAUGUGUACAGACAAACUGUUAGAAAGCUUAUUAAGCAAAACAUGGGACACAUUAACGAGCAGACUGUGAAUGUCAUUCAGGACAACGAUCGCCUGUUUUCAAGAUUAGUUUUUAUCGCAGAGGAGGUUAUUUUAUUAAUAAUUUCAAAAUGUUUCAAACAACAAUUGGAAAUGAAACUAGGAAUUGUGAACUGUAGAAUCUAUAACGGACACUCUUAACGGUGCAAAUUCCGAAUAGUAGCACACUUGAGUGCUUAUUCCGAACAGAAGAACUUUAUUAUGUCCAUGUCCAACGUUGCAGACUCUAAAAGUAAUUCCGAACGGUGAACAGCUAAUCAGAUUCCGAAGUGCUAUUGGAAUUAUCAUUAUAUGUUAAUUUAUUGGUGUGUCAUUGUUGUUGGGUGGAAAUGUGUAGAUAUGAUAGCGAAGGUUAUAAAAUCAUAUUCUUAUCAGUUGAACAGCAGCUGUCAUGCUUCAGAAUAUAUGUCAACAUCUCGAAAAUGCUAAUACGAUACAGAAUGUAAUAAAAAGACACAACGACACAUAGACAUGAUACUGACUGUAAAAAUCAGUUACUGAAAGAGAAUGGCUUAAUCUGACUUGGUAAAGAAUUUAUUGAACUAUCCCUCACGGAUUGGUUAAAAAAAACCAGAACAAAAAUGGAUUCUACGAACACAAUAGAUUCACAGGAUGCAGACAACAAAGAUGAUACAGAUAAAAGAAAAAUCGUCGAUGAUGCAUUGCAUCCCGCGGAAGUGUCUAAAUUUCAAACCGACGACUUAAAGUAUAAUCCGGAAAGCAAGAUUGACCAUAACACUUGCCCUCAAAAGAGGAAAUGUACUUGUUACGUUCCCCGGCGUUAUGUGACGUCAUUUCUCACGGGGCUCGGGAUGUUGCUUGUUUACGCCAUGAGAACAAACAUCGGACUUACAGCAAUUACCCUACUGGACACAAGCUCACCGGCGAAGGUCGAGGACGCUGAAACUCUGCCGACCUCGUUCUGGACUACCCGCAGUGUGGCGCUGCUGCACUCGUCUUUCUACCUGGGAUAUAUUUUUACACACAUACCCGCGGGGUACCUGACUGUCAUAUGGCCUUGCAACAGGAUAUAUGGACUCUGUAUCCUGAUAUCCGGGUUGCUCAACUUACUGUUGCCUUACACUAUCGACCAUGAAUCUUACUGGGUGUCGUGCGCAAUCCGAUUCGUACAGGGCUUAAGCGAGGGACUACUUUAUCCGUCCUGUUACGGUAUACUGCGUCAUUGGUCUACGCCGGCUGAACGCGGAAGGAUUGUCGCUGCUGUGUUAACAGGUUCCUAUGCAGCACCAAUCUUAGGUUUUCCAGUGGCUGGGUUUCUCACACACUACAUCGGAUGGGAGUAUGUGUUUUACGUAAGCGGUGGCGCAUGCGUGGUGUGGUAUUUAAUUUUUUUGGGCAUUGUUUCGGAGAAGCCGUCACAUGACCCCCAAAUUAAUGACGAGGAGCUGGACUAUCUUACUACGUCACAGGGAGACAGCUCUUUAGAUUAUGAGAACAUAAAAAUACCAUGGAAGGAUAUUUUGACUUCACCUCCUGUUAUUGCCCUGUGUGCUUGUAACGUCGCCAGAAACUGGGUUUUUAUACUGAUACUCACAAACGAACCGUACUACUUGAACAACUUCGAGUUCACUGUAGCCGAGAACGGUGUUUUAUCAUCUAUACCUCAUAUCUUCAAAGUGCUAGCCUCCAUUCUCGGUGGUUUUAUCGCCGACUUUGUAAUCGGACGGAGACUGCUAAACACAACGAUUCUCCGUAAACUAUUGACCGCUUUGGGGUUCGGUGGUCAAUCUGUUUGUUUCCUGGUGCUGACUUUCACUGUUGAACCCCUUUAUGUGAUGAUUUUCCUGACCCUGGGGGUCGGGAUGUUUGGACUGUCCGUCUCCGGGUGGCAGAUAAACCACUACGAUCUAGCCACACGGUACGCUGGGGUUCUUGUUAGCAUCACUUCCGCUUCCGGUGCUGUUGCCGCAGUCAUCGUACCCAUUGUGGCAGGAGAGCUUACUCUGAACAACGAGAUGUCUGGCUGGAACACGCUAUUCUACAUCACCAUUUCUAUCGUCCUAACAGCUCUUGUGAUCUUUCUUAUAUUUGGCACCGGACAGGAACAGCGCUGGGCGCAUCCACCUCCCGAUAUAGAACUUGUGCAGAAGCAGGAUCCACUGGCACGAAAACCUUACAACAUCCGGCUACAGCAGCGGCUCUCCGCCACACCGGAAGUGAAAAAUAGUGUGGGGAAUACUUAUACGGAACAUAGCAAACUUGUAAAACGGACAAGUGAAAAUAUACCACAAAAAUAUUAGUACUCAGAAUUUUUUUACAAUAAGAAAACUGUUAUCAACCAUUGGUAUUGGAAUGGCCGGUGUUUCAGUUGCUACUGCAAACAUCGUCAUCUCUAAGGGUCUACGGUUAUUUGUUGCGGGAUUCUGUUUUAACGCCGUUCCAGGCAAUCGGGAAUCGUCGGCACUUUCCGUAAACGAGAAAUGUAGGAACUUUCUUGUUCACAGAAAGUUCUCGAUUACCAGCCAGGUAUUCUGAAUUGCCUGUCGUUUUUUUCUAGGAACGAAGCCUAGCGGAGAGAAAUGGCACUAAGGCAGGCAAUCCAGUUUACCGAACCAGUCAGUGAAAUUGGAAAACUACUCGGACUUUCCCGUCAUUUUCCGUCAUAGUCGGAAAUAUGUAGGGGGUGAAUCCAACUGGGACAGGGUGGUUAUUAGGGGAAAUGUGAUACAAUUUUGUUGUUAAACUUUAUAUAUAUUCCAUGUUAUGUUGAAAAUGUUAAAAUUGAAAGGAAAGAAAUAAAAGUCAUUGUG